AUGGCUCAUCUUACUCAAGAAGAGCGCGACAUCGUCGAUGCAAAUCCUCUUGGGGACUCGCUCGGCGGCAUUCGUGAGGCAUUACGAAAGGCCGAACGACACACCCACCAUGAAGCCUCUCAAUCAGAUGACAGCACAGCUGCCCCAGAACGACCCCGCUUGUUCGUGGCAGCAAUAGGAAAAAUAUUCUCUAUUCUAUCUGCAUCUGAUGUUUCGCUAGCAUUGGCCUCAAGAACAGGAAGGGAGGCUCUUGUGUCUGAUCUGACGGCAAUUCGCCUACGUGUACAGAAAGGCGAUCUCAAGUACAAGCAAUUUCGCCCGCUAUCACAGCUUGUGAUCAAGCAAGCACCAGAUGUCGACAUCUGGGCUGCCGUUGUAGCCCUCAUCCGAUCGAUUUCUCACUCGACUCCACCGCCAAGCCUCCCGCCAUCCUUCGAAAGCCGCAUGACACAUUCAUCCGCUUCGCAGCAAGGGUCAGAGCAGACGCGACGGAAGAUUGAACCUCGCGUGUUCGAAGAGAUUCGCUAUUGUACACACCGUGCGGUCGCGGGAUUUCACGAGAAAUAUUUUGAAGGACAUAAAUGGAACAUGCGAGCCAGGCGAAUCUGGCAGAGCGCUAAUAGUCGCUAUAGCGACAAAGACAAGAGGUGGACACAAUUGCCUGACGCUGCCACCAAGGAUGAGGUGUGUGGCUGGCUACUCAACUUGCAGGAAGAGCUGCUCGCGACUGAACGGGCAGCAUACUUUAGAAGCAACAGACACCAAAAAGUUAGGGCUGAGUCGUCAGAGCAACUAGACCUUUUUGUUAAAAUGAAAAGAGAUGAAGCGUCAGACACAAAGCACGACUGGAAGCACGUGUUAGUUGUCGGCGAACUCAAGCAGUCUCACCAGAAAAACAAGAGCCUGUGGCUUCAGGUUGGCAGCGCUGUGCGAAACGUGUUCGCUUACCAGCCUACACGAUUUUUCGUGCACGCCUUCACUUUGACUGGGACAGAAAUGGAGACAUGGAUCUUUGAUCGGUCUGGGCCGUACAGCGGCACUACAUUUGACAUCCAUAAGGAGCCCGAGAAGUUCAUUCGGGUCAUAUGUGCAUAUUUGAUGAUGAGUGAUGAGGAGCUUGGCUUGGAUACUUUUACUAAAGCAAAAGACAACAGGUUGCUUGUCACCAUACCUGUUGAAGCUCGCGGAAAGAAGCAGCAGCUUGAACUCAACCCCAAUCCGAUCGCCCAUCAGCGAGCCAUAGUCUGUCGUGGCACGUCUUGCUUCCUCGCUAAGGCCACUGGCGCAGCAGUAUUUGACGGGGUCGUCAAAUACUCUUGGACUUCUAGCAUGCGACCGCCAGAGACUGAUCUUCUUAAAAAGGCAAACGAACGCGGCGUUAAGGGUCUCGCGAAAUUAGUUGGCUACAAUGAAGUCACUAGUAUAAGCAGGUUGCGUGAAGGUCUGGUCUUCUCAACUCCACAUAACUUUCCUGGCAUGUCACACGGUGCCAAUACGUCGUUCUCUCAAUCGCAACCCCCGCUAAGCCAAUCUUUCAGCCAGUUUCCCGGUCUUAGCAUUGCCAGCAGCGGACACAGAAAGAGGAAGGCAACGGAUGGGUCAAGCAAUGCGUCUAAGAGAUCUCGGCCGAAUAAUCAGGUGGCCGACACAGAGCACAAAGAGAACGGAGCAACUUACCCCGCCCAAGAACCACAAGGUAUCAGUCUUGUUCAGCAAGAUCACGACCAGACACCUUAUGCCAACCGCAUCUUUCGCGUAUUAGCCAUCUCGCCGGCGGGACGGUCCAUUACCCAGUUCAAGGGCGUUAUCGAGCUGCUUGAAGGCCUUUGUGACGCCAUCAAAGUGCAUCGAUCACUCUACACAGACGGGAAAAUUCUGCACCGAGACAUUUCUGAAAACAACAUCAUUAUCACCGACCCAGAGAAUGCCGAUGGCUUCAAGGGCAUGCUCAUCGACCUUGACUUGGCUAAGGAAGAAGGAAAAGGUCCUAGUGGGGCCCGGCAUCGGACGGGCACAAUGGAAUUUAUGGCUAUUGAAGUUCUUCUAGGAAUUUCGCACACAUAUCGCCAUGAUCUUGAAGCAUUCUUCUACGUUCUAAUAUGGCUCUGCGCUCGUCGAGGCUGGGCAUUAUCAAGAGCGUCAGGCCAGCGGCCGAAAAAAAGUAUGCUAUCGCGGUGGUAUACUGGAGGGUACGAAGACAUCGCGCAAAGCAAGCGUGGGGACAUGGACAAAAAUGGACUAGAAGUCAUUCUGAGAGAAUUUCCGGAGGCUUUUGAUGGUGUCAAGCCUUUGUGCAGGGCAGUAAGGGACGUUCUGUUCCCGCAUAAGGAUGGUCUCUUCACUGGCACCCCACAGGAUCCAAAUAUCCUGUAUGAUCCAAUCAUCAAAGCAUUCAAUGAUACCAUAGCAGAGAUUGGGCUGGGAGAAGCAAAGACGUGA